AGAUGAAGCUGUAGGGUUAGUGCAGGGGGAUUUGCACUUGGCACAGGAUUUAGACGUUAGAAGCGCGUCAUCUUUGCUCUGCUGCCCGAGACUGAACAGAGAGGAGUUAAACCUGUCUCUUUGCCUUAUUGCUGUCCGAUAUGGCGGUGAACACAAGUACUUCCCUGGUGUUGUCCAGUCUGCUGUCCGUUCUGGUGUUUGCAGGAAUGCAGAUGUUCAGUCGCCAGCUGGGCUCUUCAGAGUGGCUGACCAUCCUGGGGGGCUUCCUGGGGUCUGUGCUGUUUGUCUGCUCUCUUACAGCUUUCAAUAACCUGGAGAACCUUGUCUUCGGGAAGGGCUUCCAAGCCAAAAUCUUCCCAGAGAUUCUCGUGUGCCUGUGCCUCUCUCUCUUUGCGUCUGGUUUGGUGCAUCGUGUGUGCGUGACAACGUGCCUGAUCUUCUCUGUCAUCGCACUGUACUACAUCAACAAAGUGUCAGCAGCUCUUUACCAGGCAGCACCUGCUCCAGCUCCUGCCAAACUCACCAGCAAGGGCAAAAGGAAGAACUGAAGCACUCAUGACAUCAGCCACCACACCGCUGUAUGCUAAAGCUACAAAAUCUGAUGUGUUUGCCAACAGCAGGCUUUUUUUUUUAUCCAUUCCAUCCACACUGAAAAAUAACUAAACACACUGUCAUACCAGUCAUAGAUGUGUGGUUUUUGGUUCUGUUUACAAAAUUGUUUUUGUUUAAGGGGUUUGUUAUUAAAAGUUGAUAUAAAAA